CCCUGCUGGUAAAAUCUUGCGAUUUUGGCUGCAACCAACUAAAUUUAUUAACAACAUGAGAAAAACGAGAACGCGGACCCUUUCUCUCCCAGCUACUCCCUACCUUUAGCACUACUUGAAUUAGGGUUUAUUUCAAGUAAUACUAUUGUUUUCUCUUCAUUGUCUCUUUUAGCUAAUCGUCAAUCUUCACAAAGGAAGAAUGCCGAAUUUUUCCAAUCAGAUCAGAGCGUCGUCGUCUCUGAUUAAACGGCUCAAACAAAGAAUGACGAAUCCGGCGGCUCUGAUGCAGGCUACUAGAUCUUUCACUACAUUGGAGGGUCACCGUCCUACCAUUGUUCAUAAACGGAGCCUUGAUAUUCUACACGAUCCAUGGUUCAACAAGGGGACAGCGUUUUCUAUGACGGAACGCGACCGUCUUGAUAUACGGGGACUUCUUCCUCCCAAUGUUAUGUCUUCUGAACAGCAAAUUCAACGCUUCAUGGUUGACUUGAAGAGGCUUGAAGUGCAAGCAAGAGACGGACCAUCUGAUCCAAAUGCGCUGGCCAAGUGGCGGAUACUUAAUCGAUUACAUGAUAGAAAUGAAACUAUGUACUUUAAGGUUCUAAUUGCCAAUAUCGAGGAAUAUGCACCCAUAGUCUAUACCCCAACUGUUGGUCUUGCUUGCCAAAAUUACAGUGGUUUGUUUAGAAGACCAAGGGGAAUGUAUUUCAGUGCUGAAGACCGUGGAGAAAUGAUGUCCAUGGUGUAUAACUGGCCAGCCGAGCAGGUUGACAUGAUUGUUGUUACGGAUGGAAGCAGGAUAUUGGGUCUUGGAGAUCUUGGAGUUCAAGGAAUUGGUAUUGCUAUUGGAAAGCUAGAUCUGUAUGUCGCUGCUGCAGGGAUAAAUCCUCAAAGGGUGCUUCCUGUCAUGAUUGAUGUUGGAACUAACAAUGAGAAAUUGCUCAAAGACCCCUUGUAUCUGGGAUUGCAAGAACACCGUCUUGACGGUGAUGAGUACAUUGCAGUCAUUGAUGAAUUCAUGGAGGCAGUGUUUACUCGCUGGCCACAUGUGAUUGUGCAGUUUGAAGAUUUCCAGAGUAAGUGGGCAUUCAAGUUGUUGCAGCGAUAUAGGAAUGCCUACAGAAUGUUCAACGAUGAUGUCCAGGGAACGGCAGGGGUUGCUAUAGCUGGUCUUUUAGGAGCUGUAAGAGCACAAGGAAGGCCAAUGAUUGAUUUCCCCAAGCAAAAGAUUGUUGUUGCUGGUGCUGGAAGUGCAGGAAUAGGGGUUCUCAAUGCUGCCAGGAAAACCAUGGCUAGAAUGCUUGGAAAUAAUGAAUCUGCUUUUGAAAGUGCAGGAAGACAGUUCUGGGUAGUUGAUGCUAAGGGACUUAUUACAGAGGAACGUGAAAAUAUUGAUCUGGAAGCUCUGCCAUUUGCAAGGAAGGUCGAAGAAGCUAGUCGUCAAGGAUUAAGGGAAGGUGCAAGUCUUGCAGAAGUGGUGCGAGAAGUGAAGCCUGAUGUGCUUCUUGGAUUAUCUGCAGUUGGGGGUUUGUUUUCGAAGGAGGUAUUAGAAGCCCUCAAAGGUUCGACUUCGACUAGACCAGCCAUCUUUGCCAUGUCAAAUCCCACAAAAAAUGCUGAAUGCACUCCUGAAGAAGCGUUUUCCAUUGUGGGUGACAAUAUUAUUUUUGCUAGUGGAAGUCCAUUCAAAGAUGUGGAUCUUGGAAAUGGUCAUAUUGGCCACUGCAACCAGGGAAACAACAUGUAUCUCUUUCCAGGAAUCGGACUUGGGACUCUACUUUCUGGGUCUAGGAUCAUCUCUGAUGGCAUGCUACAGGCUGCAGCUGAAUGCUUAGCUGCGUAUAUGACAGAAGAGGAGGUUCUAAAAGGGAUCAUAUACCCUUCGACAUCUAGAAUACGAGAUAUAACAAAGGAAGUAGCUGCAGCUGUGGUGAAGGAAGCCAUAGAAGAGGAUCUUGCAGAAGGAUACCGUGAAAUGGACGCUAGAGAGCUCCGAAAACUCAGCCAGGAGGAAAUUGAAGAAUAUGUCAAGAAUAACAUGUGGAGUCCAGAUUACCCAACACUGGUCUAUAAGAAAGAUUGAAACCUGACCGCCUGAAAUCUGAGAUACAUGAACCAAAUUUGUCAGUCGGAGAAAAGUGAUGUUCAAAUGUCGUCAUGAUUUUUUCGCUGCAGCUUGGUAAGAGCAUUUUUGUAUGCUAAAUAGGUAUCCACUCCAUUAAAUUGUUUAUUAGUGGGCUCUUGUUAUGGGUCUACAUAUCAGUUUUCUCUAAUCUCCUUCUUCAUGACGUUUCGUGCCCUUUAGCUCCCAACCUGUACAAGCAAGCCAGCUGAAAUCUCUUGAAAUGGAUGUAAAUUUGAGCAUGUUCAAUUACGCGAUUCUUGUAAGAGUAUGCCUCAGUGGUGGCUUGUAUUGUAUGCUCGGGGGGCUCAAGCAACUGUAAAUUAUUAUGUUUUAUUUUAUCAUGCAUGUGCUGCAAAUAAUUGAAUGCUCUCA